CAGCAACAUGGCCGCCAACGCUGUCGCCCCCAUCGUCUACCAGCUGCAGGAAGGUCUUCGCAACGUCGACCUGAGGAGCUUGGUCAAUUCGUUUGACCUGAAGGGCUUGGUCAACAAGCUGGACAUCCAGACGGUGGGCCUGGUGGCGCUGGUGGCUGUGGCCGCCGUUUUCCUGUUGGACCUGUUCACCAAGAGCUACGCCCCCUUCGGCAGGAGUCUGGUGUCCUCCGCCGCCCACGCCUGGGAUAAGGCUGACCAGUGGGGCCUUAGCGGAAGUGUCCGUGGAAGCCGUUCCCUGGAGCCCAUGACGAAGGUCCUGGACGUCCUGGCGGAGGCGGUGAAGAAGUGGGAGUUGCAGGAGGAGGGCGUCGUCAGACAUCGUGCUUCUGGUCUUCAUUGAAAAUGAAAUCUUCACAUACGAUAGCUGUCAUGAUCCCUUGAAAACAUUUGAAUAAGUACAAAGUCUGCUUGCAGGCAA